GAUAUGCAAAUUUGAUUGGCUGAAUGAAACAUUGUUAUUGAAGUAGGCCCGUCCUAUCGUGUCCUCAUAUGCCUGUCAUCGUAGUACCCCACCAUGUAUUCUUUUGCUCAUAGGCCCACCUCUCGCGAAACUUGCAGAUGCGUUUGUCGUAUUCGUCAAAGACUGAAACAGUAGGCUGUAGUGAAACGUAGUGUUUUCUUUUCGAUUUUGUGUUUUCGACUGCGACAUAGAAUGCAUAUAAUGGAUUUUGAAAUUGUUGUAAUAACGUGUAGGAAUUGUGUAGUGUAUAUGGUGGCGGCGGGAUGGGGCCAGGGUUAUGCAGAGGGGCUUGGCACACAGUUAAAUCAUUUGGUGGUUGGAGGAAUGAUUACGCUCUUUUCCAAGUAUCAUUAAUGGUUAAUUUUGUGUCGUCACUACAAAUCACAAGGUCAAUGGCGACAGACUAGCAAUUAUGCACAGAUCGGCAGAAAAUACAGAAGUUGACCCACGAAACUGUUGAUGACUGACGUUAUCUUAAAAACAAUAAAUGUCUAUAAAGUAGGCUAGAUAUCUUAAUGACGCUCACUUCCCCCGUUUGAUUGUGUCCAGAGUGGACGCGAAAUGAGGAGGAGGUGUUAAAUACCCCCAAACUGCACCUAACUAGCCAGACUCGUCUAGCCAGAACCACGUAGGCCUAGGCUACGGCCAUUAUGUAUGACCAUGUAUCACGGGAGGUAGUCUUAAAAGGAACAGCUUGAAGCUGUGUGUUCAGUCAGAAAAAGUGGCAGCUCGCGUAAGACAGUAGGCGUAAACUUUUGCGUGUGUUUCUUUGAGAUAACGAUGGCCGGUUUACUUUCGCCAAGGGUAAAAUGAAGGAGUAGGAGGAGACCAACAAGAUCUCAUAGAGACGCAGUGAGAAAAGCCACCCGUCCGACUCAGAGCGCUCACACUCAAUAUAUCGGCAGACUCAAAAGGGGACCGUGAUUUCAAAAACAGAGCAACAGGUGAAUUGGAUUGAUGACCCCCCACUCCCUUUUCUCUCAGCAACAUUUACUGAAACCAAGUGACCAUGGGGCGCUACAGCGGGAAAACAUGCCGCUUAAUUUUCAUGCUUGUCAUCACCGUCAUUUUCUUUGUGGCCGAGAUUGUCGCCGGGUACAUGGGGAACUCCAUAGCACUUGUAUCAGACUCCUUCAACAUGCUGUCGGACAUUCUGUCCUUAUGCGUGGGCUUGACGGCCUCUUGGGUGUCGCGUCGGAGCGGAUCAGGGCGCUCCACAUACGGUUGGGUCCGGGCUGAGGUUGUCGGUGCACUGGCCAACGCCGUUUUCUUGGCCGCCCUGUGCUUCUCUAUUUCGGUGGAGGCGAUGAGGCGACUGGCCCGACCGGAGGCAAUUGACGAUCCUGGACUGGUUCUUGUGGUCGGCGCCCUAGGGCUCGCUGUUAACAUUGUUGGGCUGCUAAUUUUCCAGGACUGUCGAGGAUGCUGCUUGCGGAUCAAGAGGGCCAAGUCAUCAGCCAAAUCAGACGGGGGACGUCAUAUGAAUGGCGAGGCAGGUACCCCAGUGCUGCCUGAUGAGGGCGAGAAACCACAGAAGGAGGGGCAGCCCCUCAAUAUCAGAGGUGUGCUACUUCAUGUUCUAAAUGACGCGCUUGGCUCUGUGGUGGUGGUGGUGGCCUCUGCCCUGUUCUUUGUGUGGCCCCUGGCCCCAGGGUCCGAGUGCAACUGGCAGUGCUACGUGGACCCCGGCCUCACGCUCGUCAUGAUCGCCAUCAUCAUGGCCUCUGCCGUACCGCUGCUACGGGAAACCACCAGCAUCCUGCUGCAGAUGAGCCCCGCUGACCUGCCGCUCGCGGCGCUGUUGGAGGAAGUGUGCAUACUUCCAGGAGUGCUGGGAGUGCACGAUGUCCACGUGUGGGAGCUGUGCAAGGGCCGGGUGGUGGCCACCCUCCACGUGCGCUGCUCUCAUGAACUCCAGGGCGCCGCCUUCACUUCCCUCUCCUUCCAGAUCCGACAGAUCUUCCACCGGGCCGGGGUGCACAGCCUCACCCUUCAGCCCGAGUUCGGUGAGCCCCAGCAGGCGGCCGGGAAGGGGGUCUGCGCAGUGCCUUGCCUGGAACCCUCUUGCCAGAGGCUGUCUUGCUGCCCGCACACGACCCCGCAGGAAGCCGUCAGCAAUGGGCAUCCUCCUCUGCCGCUCACAGAGGUGUCCGUGGAUGUGCCUGAAAGCACCAAGACCUUGCUGACGGAAACGGGAGGAGUGGCGAGAAGACUCCAGAGCACAGAGAUGUAGUUGUACAGUUGAAGCUGAAGCUGACGCUGAAGUUGAAGUCGAAGAUGAAGAUGAAGAUGAAGAUGAAGAUAGAAGCUGCUGCUUCAGAGACAGGCGAUGUUGACGCGCUUCAUUCCCACUGUAGUGAGACUUGAGCAGUACUGAACAGUUGCUUUAUUCUUUUUAAGGACGUGCAGUCCAGAUCAAAAGGAUCAGUGCCUGAAGAACAAUCUCUAAACUUGAACAGUUGACAUAGUGAGAGUGUGUAUUUGACCAAACAUGAAAAAAAUGUGCCUUCCCUUUCUCAGGGAUUAGCGCAAACAGACAGGCAGACACACACACACACACACACACACACACACACACACACAC